CUUCGCAGUUGGAAGAAAAACGUUUGAAAGAGGUAAAGAUGCGACAUCAAAACAACAAUUUAUCGGAUGGAAAAGAGGGACAGCUCAUGGACAAUAUCCACCGGUUGUCUUUGGACUAUUAACAAUCUAGAAACAGUAAAGACAGUAUUUCCGAACAUUUCAGAAAAGUGGUUUGUUCAGAAAAUCCCCCCCGGGUUUGACAGCACAGCAGCUCUCAACCGUUUCACUGCUUGUAAACAGAUCCUCACACGUGACUAUGGGAACCGCGGCUCUGCAUUGUCUGUAGUCGCACAAAGGGAGCCAUCCAGCGCAUGUAGCAGGCUGGUGAGCGAGGCAGGUGGAGAGAUGACAAGCCUGCCAAUUUACGAUAAUAAUUCGACUCUUACGCUUUUCGUGUCUGUUUUGUUCUUAUGGAUGUAGGCGAGCUUUUUACGUUCAGAGGGUAAUCAACUCCAAGCUUGUACACAAAGCUAGCCACGGCUGGUUUUCUGUAAUCUUUUUAGUUAACGUAGCUAGCUAGCUAGCCUUUUUAGCUUCAACGGAGAACUGUAAAAAGGGGUAUUUGUGUGUGAGCUCACUAGCUCCGUCUUUACUGGCUGGAUGAGAUGUCAUUCAUGAUGGAGGAUUCUGUAGAGUCGGACUGGGUGGCCGUUCGACCAAAUGUUUUCGACGAAAAGGAAAGACACAAAUUCAUUUUCAUCGUUGCUUGGAACGAGAUCGAGGGAAAGUUCGCCAUAACCUGCCACAAUAGAACAGUACAGAAACGGACAGCAUUUCGGGAUUCGCUAUUGGAAACUGUCGAAUGCGACCUCGUAUCCCCCGUCACCGUCAAACUAGCCCCCGAGGCAGACAAACACAAAACUCCACUAAAAAGUCAUACCAAAAGGAAAGAUGACAUCUCCACAUUGGUUAAAGUUAGAUCUAACGUCAGCCCGAAAGAAAAAAAAACGACAAAGAGCCCCAUUCGAGAGAGAACGGCGGCGGUGGGUGCCUCGUCAAGGCCAGCCGAGAGUGUUAUCAAAACACUGGGGUCGUGGGACAUCGUGUCCUGCAAGGUGACCGACAUUGAGGUCCUGGAACCAGCGGAUGUCCCUAGUUUGCCUCGCUCCCCGGACGAUGGCGACGGAGAGGAGUCGGACAGCAGCCGAGAGGGCUACAGCUGGGCCGGGCUAUUCUCCUUCCAGGACGUCCGGGCAGCCCACGUUCAACUCUGCGCGGUCAACUCGGACCUGGAGCCCUGUCUGCCCCCCUUCCCUGAGGAGCCGGUGGGCAUGUGGACCGUGCUAUUCGGGGCCCCGGAGGUGUCCCAACGGGAAACGGAUGCCCUGUGUUACCAACUACAGGUGUACCUGGGCCAUGCUCUAGACACCUGCGGCUGGAAGAUCCUUGCCCAGGUGCUUUUUACGGAGAGUGAUGACUCAGAAGAGUACUAUGAGAGUUUGAGUGAGCUGAGACAGAAGGGGUAUGAGGAUGCUCUCCAGAGGGCCAAGAAACGUCUCCAAGAGCUGCUGGAGAGGCACCGGGCCAUGGAGAGUAUGGUGGAGCUGCUGCAGGUGUAUCCAGAGGAGGACGAGGCCUAUGGAGAGUUACUGGAGGCUACAACACAACUCUACCACUACCUGCUACAGCCCUUCAGAGACAUGAGAGAGCUGGCCAUGCUGCGCAGACAGCAGAUCAAGAUCUCCUUGGAGACGGAGCGUCUGGGGCCUCGUCGUGUGGAGGGGCUGAGGAGGGAGAAUGAGGAGUGGAUGAGGAAGGCUCACGCUGCCGUUCUCUCCAUACAGGACCUUACCGUCAAGUUCUUUGAGACCACCGCCAGGGCUCAGAAAGCGGUGUAUGAGCGGAUGCGUGUGGACCAGAGGAAGUUUGGCAAGUCGACGUGGGCUGCAGCUGUGGACCGCAUGGAGCGUCUGCAGUACGCCGUCUCCAAGGAAACGCUGCAGUUGAUGAGGGCCAAGGAGAUCUGCCUGGAGCAGAGAAAACACAGCCUGAAAGAGGAGAUGCAGAGCCUGCAGGAGGGAGAGAAUGCCAUGCAGCGGUUGGACCAGAUGGAGGCGCUGUACUAUGAGCUCCAGCUGCAGCUCUAUGACAUCCAGGCUGAGGUGCUGCGCUGUGAGGAACUGCUGCUCAACGCCCAGCUCACCAGCCUCCGCAGACAGAUCACUGAGCGGCAGGACGAGGUAGUGUACUAUGAUGCGUAUGAGAGUCCUGAUGCCAUGCGGAGGGUAGAGGACCCCUCGGCCUCUCUUCCCCCCCUCAGAGACAAGCUCAGCCAGCUGCAGCAGAAGACCAGACAGCUAGAGGCACGCAGGGGACGCAUCACCGCCAAGAAGGCCUACCUUAAAACCAAAAAGGAGAUCUGUAUCAUCAACCACAACCAGAAGAUACAGCAACGCCAAGGUAGUAAGGACGACCAGACCCAUCAAGCACUGCAACAGCGAGGGGAGGAGCAGGAGGAAGAGGAAGAGGAGGAGAAGAGUAACGCCAGAAUGAGUAUGGAUAGGUCGAGAACUCUGGACAGACUACGCAGCUUCAAACAGCGUUUCCCUGGUCAGGUGACUCUGAAGUCCAGCAGACUGCGUAUGUCCCACGGCCACUCUCGGAGGAAAACCUCCUCUCCCCUCUCCCCCGCGGGGAGGCCUGAGACCCUGGCUGCCAGUGUCCAAACAGACACUGUUGACCUCCCUGAGCUCUCUGCUCCUCCCUCUGAUGCCUGUGGUCACCAGAGUGUCUCUCUAACCCCGCUAGGGGGCGCCACUGAGCCUCUCUCUGCCCCCUCUCUUCCUCCCCUCUCAGCGAUCCCCUCCUCUGCCCCUCCACCUCCUCCCCCUCCUCCUCCCCCACCCGUUCCCUCCUUAGAUGACCUCUCCAGUGAGGGAGUUGAGUGGGCUCACCCCACUAGCCCAGUCCGGCAGUCCAAGGCUGGGUCGGAUUCAGAGCCUCUCCCCCUGGCUCCCUUCUCCCCACGUUUCUUUGACAGCAGUCAGCUGCAGACAGCCAGAAAGAAACUGAAGAAGACAGCCAUGCUGGACUCCUCACAAUGGAGGAGAGCGAGUUCUCCCAUGGACGAGGUCCUGAACUCCCUGAAGAGAGGCAGCUUCCACCUGCGUAAGGCUGAGCUGAGAGUCCUAGCCCCCGACCCAGACGAUGACGAGAGCAACAACAUCCUGGCCCAGAUUCGGCAGGGUGUCCGGUUGAAGAAGGUGCGGACGCAGCCGGAACAGCAGCGGCACACCAAGGGCUUGUUCCCCCACUCUGCCGACGCUCUGACCCGUUCCAUCCAUGAAGCCCUGAGACGCAUCAAGGAGGCUUCGCCUGAGUCUGAGUCUGAGGACGAAGGCCUGCCCUGCACCGACUGGGAGAACUAGAUACAAGAUACACACACCGGCACCGACUGGGACUCUGACCUUUGACCUCAGCCACUACCAUCUACUAUUUCUGGCUCCACAUUGACAGACUGAAAGCUGAGUAGAGAUGUUUCCUGAGUAGAGAUGUUAAUUAUUUCUUACUAUUUCUUCUCGUCUUUGUAAUGGACCAAUAGCCUUUGCUCCUGGUUUUCUGUGUUGUGCUGACUUCUCACGCUCUACAUAAAAUAAUUCCUUCACUCGAUUCCUUCUUUUUCCUGGACCAAGCGGGGGAAUAAGGCUCCUUGUCAGUGCACUGACUGGAGAGCUAGGGUUCUGGGAUCCCUUUAUAUAGAAUUAACUAUGAGGUUGGAGAGGUUAGGUUGCUGGGGUGAGUUUGUUUUCCGUUUGACAGGAUUGAGUGUUUCCUUUAAUGUUAAUUCAACCCCCCAUAGAAUAAAGUGUGAUAUUGUUUGGCUGGAACAAAAUGCCUGCACUCACACCGUCCAGUCCUCUGCGGGUGAGCGUGGCAACCCCUGGUGUCGAGAAGUCAUGAUAUUUUUCUCUGUAAAACCAGUGCCCUUUAAAGUCAGCUGAUCUGUCCAGCUCUACAAAGACAGGUGUCAUUCAUUCCAUACUCUAUAUUCAUAUUCCAUCAUGACAUGUGUUUCUAUUGAUGGUUUUUAAAGUGUGCUUUUACCUUCUUUUUAAGGUCGUUUUCAUUUAGAAAGGAGUUUCUUUUUCUUUUUUUCACCACUUUAUUUUCACUGAUAUUAUUUUUCACGAGUCCACUAUUACCGUGGAGUCGCUUCACCUUAUCUACGCCUGAUUCUUCUAUCUGUUGUAUCUAAGAGUUGUCAAAACUGAAACUAUUUCUAUAGGAACAAUCUGUGUUUACUGUAAUGAAUCAUGUUGAAGAGAAAAUGAUGUACUGUUUGGAACUGAAGGACUGUGUGUACAACUGCUGUCCAAGUUGACAUUUGGCCAGGUCAAAGGUGGUAGUACUGUAUUUUUCCGGUCUUGAAAAACGCUCAGAUAGAAAUGUAUGGUGCAGAACUGAUAUGAUUGUCGGUCAUGUAGAACAGGGAUCUUGUCAGCUCUAUUCAUUAUAUUUCUAUCUGUGUUUACCUCACUGAAUCCACCAGUGGUAUGGUACUGGUAACUAACCACAGUGAGUCAGUAGGCUGAGCAUAUGGGGCUCAUGCUUCAUGCUGUGUCUUCAUGGCAAGUGGUCAAAACCCAAUCAUGUGACUUUCUGCAGCGUCCGCAUAUCUCUGACUGGGUUUCUAGUCUGAAGUGGCUUCUUCUCCUUCAUCUGCACUGAUCUAUAAAUGGUAGGUAGGUGACAGCAACACAGUAGAAUGACUCAGAGGAAUUAGCUUUUCACUGUAGAUUUUUUUUAGUGCAGCUGUAGAGAAGUUUAGGAGUGUAGAGGCAGCCAUUUUAGUUAUAUUGAGAUGCCCCCUUCCUAGUCCUGUCUCAUGGUCUCUAGACAUAUACAGUACAAACCUGUCUGUUGGAAAAUCACUUUCAUUUUUGUCAGUUUUCUUCAUUGUAUUUGGGGUCUUUAAGUAUUUUAUACAUGAUUUGUAAAAUCUUUUGUAUUAUUCAUUUCCAUCUCUUCUUUCUGUCUUUAGCUAACACUACAGUUUGACCUAUAACCUUAUGCAUGUGGCUGGCCUGGUCUGAUUUGAAGAUGAGUCCGUCACUAGAUAAGUGCAAUAUUAUUAUAUUAAACUGAAAUGUAAUAUAUAAUGUAAUGAAAUGUACAUCCUGAAAAUACAUUGGCAUGCUUAAAAACAUCCUAAGUAUUUAUUGAGUAAAACAAGAAUUUAUAAAGCAAUACCAUACAAAAUGUAAAUGUGCUUUAAUGUUAGUUUUUUUUGCCUUUUACUCUCGUUUUACUGUUAUUGCAUUCCUAACUGCUUUAUAUAUCCCAUUAUAUUUUUUCCCUUCAAAAUAAAACCAAGUACCAAAAUGUC